CUCUUUUACUUUUUUUUUCUUCUUUCUACUGUUAUUAAAUCUACACCAGUUUGCUAUACCUAUCAUCUGAUUAAUAUACACAAUAAAAAAAAUGGGAAAACAACCAACAAGACGUCGAGGAAAUAAACAAACCGUGAAUCCACUCAAACGAGUGUCUGCUGGUAUUCAACAAGCCAUGGGUGAAGUGGAAGAAGAUAAAGUAUUACCUUUGAUCGCCAAGUUAAAUGCUCCUAAUGCUGCUGAUAGAGCUUGGUCUGCUUCCUGUAUCUCCAACUUGGUCAUGGCCAAUGAAUCUACUCGAAAACUCUUACUUACAAAUCGUAUUGUGGUAUCAUUGAUCGAACGUCUUACUGAUGACAAUCAAGAAGUUAUAGAAGAAGUACUUGGUACUCUUAGAAAUUUGGCAUCAGUGGAACCUACUAUAGUGAAAGAAUAUUAUAAUCGUGAUAUAUUGACUCCUUUGGCUGCAUUACUCCCUCGAAUUUCACAUACUCUUGAUCUUGUUUUGAAGAAUGCUCCUUUGGAAGAUGACACUGAUAAGGAACGACGCCAAACUAUUUGGGAUUUCGCAGAAAACUUUAUUUAUAUCAUUUGGACCAUUAGUGAAACAUCCGACCAUUAUCUCAAGGCCAUCAAUCGAUUGAAUUUGAUCAACUUUUUCAUCUCCUUUUUAUCUGCUGCCGAUCAAUGUCCUACUCGUGUAGUGGUUGCUGCUGGCCAAUGUUUGACAACUCUGACCGAAGACAACAAAGAUAUUUAUAUCGAAUUCCAAAAUCAUCCUGAAUAUAUUAAUAUGCUUUUUGAUAUCCUCAAUAAUAGUAAUUCUCCUGAUAAGGUUCUCGUUAGCGUGUUGGCAUGUGCUAUUUUGAUGAAUGUCAAGGAAGUGGUACAAUUGUCAGGUUCUUGGGAUGAUGAUCGUGACGCAUUAGGAGAAUUGAACAAAAAGAUCAUUCCUAUUUUGGUGGCAUCACUUGACUACGACAUUCAAGCGGCAGCGGAAAAAUCAGUGGCAGCAGUACAAAGCGGCAAUGUGACGAAACAUGAAGAAACUGGAGAAAUCACACCAAAACCAAAACAACCAUUAGUAGAAGAAGAACGAUACAUUCAAAGUGUGGAGGAUCGAUUGUCAACAUUACAACUCUCUUUGGAACUUUUGGCGGACAUUUGUUUACAAGGUGAAGAUUCAGAAGAAGAUGGAUGGGCCGAUGAAGACGAUGAAGACAUGGGAGAUGAAAAUUUGGCGGAUAAUAUCAAUGAAGAUAAUAUUGAUGAUUAUUUACAAGAUGCAGCAGCCUUGAACGACAACACAAAUGGCAAUACGGAGUUAUUAAACAGUAAUCCCGUGAUGCACGCAUUCACCUAUCAAAUCUUUCCUCAACUUAUUCGUCUUGCCACACCUACACCAACUUUAUCUUUCCCUGCUGAUCCUACAUUCUGCCCUACAGUGACCCUUGGAUUAAGUUUGACUCAUCAACGCUCUUUGGAAUGUAUCAAUAACUUUUUAUUGGCAAUGAAUGAUGUGCCCUCUAAAAUUUGGUUCAAGGAACAUGUAUCGGAUGCACAACAAGCUUGGCAAUGGCUUUUCCAAACUGCUCAUCAAAUUGGUUCUUGUACUGCUUCGGAAUCACGGGAUAGUAUUCUUGAAGUGAUGGUGGGUUGCUUAUGGUCUUUAGGACGUGGACUUGGUCAAAAUAUUCCUUUAGGAUCUACUGAUGUUGCUACUCUUUGUGGAGCAUAUCAAAGUGCAAAUCGAGAUUCAUCUAUGCGUGUCAAGGUAAUAGGAUGUUUGGGUCCUAUUGCUGCCAAACAAGGUGACAUUGAAACUAAUAAGAUGAUUGGACAGUUUAUUAUGGAUAUUUUAUGUGAUUCCAAUGGUAACCCUGAAGUUAAGAUAGAAGCCUUGAACUUUUUGUACGACGUUUAUAGUGAUUGUGAAUUUGAUUAUGAUGAACCUGUAUUUGUACAUGGUGGUUACUUGAAUCAAUUAAAACAAUUGGUACCUUCUAUUCGUUCUAUGGUAAAAUCAAUAGACCGACGAAAACAAUUUGAUUUACGAUCCAGAGCUGAUGAAGCAUUAACGAAUUUGGUUGCAUUUAUCAAAUACAAGACUACAGAACGACGAUGAAUCAAUACAUCAUUAUAUUUAUAAGUUUUAUUUUAGUAUUGAUAGUAGUAAUAGUAGUAGUGAUUUAUAGACAUUCAUCAAUAAAGGAAAAUAUUAUAUAACAAAAC